AUGUCUGGCUACAAGUUGUUCUACUUUCCAGUCCGCGGUGCAGGAGAAAAAUGUCGACUUGCAUUUGCGGCUGCAAAGAUUGAUUACGAGGAUAUUCGAUUGCCAGCCGAAGAAUGGCCAAAAGAGAAAGCGUGUAAGUAACGUAAACGUUCACCACAUUCCUAAAAAGCGCGCGACGGUUAUCUGUCGAUUCUUUUUAAUUCUGUAAUCUUAAAUAUGUGUUUAAAACGGAAUGCGAUCAAAGCCGACGGCAAAUACGCAUACAUUCGCUUGAUUUUCGAUCGGGUUUAAAGAUUUUAAUGAUGUGCGGGUCGCGAAUGCUGGAUUGGUAACUGAUUGAACUAAAAUUGCUUAGUCACGCUGACAUGUACAAGUGCGCUCACUCUUUUUUAAUUGUUUCCGCCGACCACAAGUGGUUCGGAGUGGUUUCGUAGACUGCUACGAAAGAAAGUUGGUCUUUAAAUAAUAAGAGUGACAUUUUUAAAAUCGACGACCUCCUCUAAUCUACAUUUCUUAUAGCUUCUGUGGCGGGAAAGUUACUCGUUUUCCGGGAAGGAACCUGGCUUUGAAUGUAAAAUAAUUCAACUUACAAUUAAAAAAAAAAACACUCCAGAUCUGAUGAUCAAAUUCUAGAUUUUAAUUGUAAAAAUUUUUUGUAGUGUACUGCUUUUUAGUCUUACCAAUAAAAUAUUAUUCAUUCCAUAAAACUUUGCUGUAAAUAGCCAAACAUGUUUUGUUCUGUACAGCAUGGAAUUGAUUGGUAAACAAGGCAGGCAUACUGUAUUUUUCCAGUUGAAGUUUGCAUGGUGAUCAUACAACUGUAAAUAUGGUCAGGCCCAUGAUACAGGACUUGUUUCGACGACAAGGCUUGACAUUUUUGUAAAUGCUUUACAAUUACAGCAUAUUAGUACUAUUGCAGUUCCCCGAAUGCUACCACUAAUAAUUGACUUUUGCAAAUAAGAACCUACCAAGAACCUAAUCAGCCUGUUUUUCUGUUGUUGUUGUUUUUCUUUUUUUAAUACUCAUUUAUUUACAAAACACAUGUUACAGUUACAAAAUUUUAAAGCUAAAAGAAAGUAGAUAACAAUAUUACAGAUUGGACCAAAAAUACAUAAAAACGAAAAAGAAUAAUACAGUAGUUCACUCAAUAACAUUACACCUGUUAAUUAACAGAUUAUUCCAGUAAGUUGGAUUCUUACUAUCUAAUUGAAGGAGGGGGUUUUUCGAAAUCAUACAAUCAUACCUCCAACUAAUUUUGGCCUUUAGCGACUAUCCUAUAUAUCCCAAAGAGAAAAAAAUAAGGAAAUUCGAAUUUUUGGGCGCGGUCGGACUGGUCGCAAAAUGUUCGUCAGAUUAUUUUUGUAAGGGAAUUAACCUGUCAUGCGUUUUAUACUUCAGCCUCCGACUGGGAUAUUUGGGGCAAACCUAUCCCACGUUAUGACACUAAUACAUUUAUUGUAUUGUAUUGUGUUGUAUGGUAUGGUAUUUAUGGUAUGGUAUCGUGUCGUGUCGUAUCGUAUCGUAUUGUACCCAUUAACCCCUCCUGGGAAGGAGCGUUGCGUAACGGAAGCCAUCGUUUAUUGCGUCUUGUGGCGUUGCUGCAAGCGUGAUAAACGUCGUGCCCCACCCUUAAAAAAGAAUAUUUUAAGAGACAGCUCACAGUCUGCAAUCUGGUAUCGAAUACACAUUGAUAUGAUCAGCUUUGCAGUCGUUUUUAUAAUGGCCUAGACGGUGAAGCCUCAUCCAAAAGGAGUACCUUUUCAGGUUUCAGGUAUAUGAAAAGGUAUGCAAAUCUGUCAUUUCGGCCUGUAAAAGGACGUUAAGGUCUAACAGACGCAUUUUAUGGCUGUAAAAGAGACAAGAAAACUUCCUGGUUUAGUGACAUAUUCGCCCAUAAAAAAUGGUGCAUUUACAGCAGUUCGCAAAAGAUGCAGGGGUACCAUUUUUCAGUUGAAAGGGAUGCCUUCUCAUUCAAAAAUAGUUUAUGUACUGAGAAUGAGGUGUUGGACCUUGGGGUGAAGCCUUGAAUGUCCCCUUCCCCUCGCCUCCCCCGGUAUUUAGCACAACUAGAGCUGCCAUUGACCUCUCUUAGAAGAAACCCCUACGUACUACUACUUUUUUGUUUCAGCUGGUAGACCACCUCUUGGUCAAAUGCCAUUCAUUGUGACUCCUGAGGGAAAAAUCCUGGCACAGUCUGGUACAAUUAUGAAGUACAUCUGCAAAAAAGGAGGUGAUGUAUUGAACGUAAUUUGUUAAUCAGCAUAUUGUUCCUGCCGUAGCCUGCGAUCAAGUUCGAGCCGCAAGAGACCGCGUGAGCGAGCGGCCCACCCCUCGCGCGCGCGUCUUCUCUCCCGUGACUUUUCGCGACUACCCCAAAAGGAGAGCUGGCUCGGCGGCUACCCCUGGCCCUUGUUGUUCAAACAUUGGAUAGCGCUAUCCAGCCGAUAAGUAUUGGGGAAACUAAUUGCACUAUCCACUGGAUUAUCCGAUGGAUAGCGCUCUCCAGCCUUUGAACAACCGAAGCCUGCUCAUUAGCCUCCCACGCAGACGUUUUUUGGAGCUUUGUUACGCGUUCUUUCUCCAAACGGAAAGCGAGGCCCUAAGAGCUUCUGCGUAGGAGGCUACCUGUCGAUAUAGUUUAUAAAAGUUUACUUUCAAGUUUAUUUUUUCCCCAUUCGAUUCAUUCAGUCAUUCAUUCAUCCAACCAUCUAUCCAUCUAUCCAUCCAACCAUCCGUCCGUCCGUCCGUCCGUCCGUCCGUCCGUCCGUCCGUCCAUCCAUCCAUCCAUCCAUGCAUCAAACUGUCCGUUCGUUCGUUCGUUUGUUCGUUUGUUCAUCAUUCUUCCAUUCUCUCUUUUCUUUCUUUCUUUCUUUCUUUCUUUCUUUUUCUCUUUUCUUUUCUUUUUUUCUCUUAUUCCUUGUCUCCGUGUCUUUUUUUCCCCGUUUCAUUCUCUCCUUCCUACUAUUCCUUCUUUUCCUUUCUUUCUUUCUUUCUUUUUUCUUCUUACUUUUUAUUAGUUAAGAAGGCGUUUGCUGGAUUAGCUUUAAUUUUUAUUUAUGGUCAUUAGGUUUGUGCCCAGCUGACAGUUUUGAUGAAGCGACAGCGGAUAUGAUAAGUGAUGGAGUCGUCGAUUUAUUUCAGCAAUUGAUCAAGACAUACUAUGAGAAAGACGAAACCAAGAAGGUAAUGCGAAAGUUAAUGUCUGUUUCAGUACCCCACAUACAGAGCCUGUCAGGCUUUACUCCUGAGAUUGCAAAUCAGUCUGUCUUUUUCUUUAAAUCGGUUUUGCAAAGCGCUUCGUGCGAUAUUAGGGAGUUUGAGCAACGACGUUUUUGAGCGACGCGCGUCAACCGGAAGUGAACUUUUUGCAAUGUUGGGUCGUGAUUUUUAACAAAGUUUCUAGCAGAUCGUGUCUAUCAGAAUAAAGACACUGAGCAAUACAAAUUAGGUAGCAUCGAGGUAUAUUAAAAGGGAAAAGGACUUACUUCCGGUGAAGUAAGUUGCUUAAACUCUCUAUUUUCGAGCGACGCGCGUGGACCGUGCAUGCUCCUAGGGCGUGUGUGGCGAGACUGUCCCCAGUCUCACUCUCCGUUUUCACCCUCACUCCAGGCCUAUCCUUUGACCGCUCGUGCGCGCGCGUUCUUAACCUAGGCAAAAAUAGGGGUUGUUUUGCAGUCUAGAUUUACUCAAGACGCCAGUUCCGACCCUCAGCGCCAGACAAUGCUUAAUUUGCUGAGGUGAGAAUUGAACAAGGUCUUAAGGGUUUUUUCGGGAUCCGGGAUUGACCAACAUACGGUGCGGGAUUCGGGAAAACGCAAAAUAUCUUGACGGGAAACAGGAUUUUACAGCUACCCUGGAAGCGGGAUUCGCCAAAAUUUAAGCACGGGAUGCGGGAUGUUUUUGCCUGUAUGUUGUAAAUUUGGGAAAUCAUGCGUUUGAGCGGCAAAUGCGAAUCAACCGGACCGGUGCGUGUUGAGUAUUGUCACCUUUCAAACCAAACUAUAAAGUGUGAGGAAUUCGGGAAAGCGAUAUGGAAAAAGAAUAGCGGGAUGCAGGAUUUUCUUAAAAAACGAGCGUUUGUGUGGGAUCAGGACCGCCUUUUGUACCGUGAUUGACGAAUUGAUUGACGUAAAAUACUUGUCUAAAAAAACAUGUUUCACAUGAUUGCAUUAGCGUGGCCUGAAAAAGUAUAAAGAAGGCAUAUAAAUUGAAGCCAGGACUGUGUGAGGUAUACUUACAACUUCGUUAGUUGUCUCUGUUCUAAGGAAACGCUUUAAAGUUGUUUUCAAGUAGUCAUUCUAAGAAGAAAGACCGUGCGUUUGGAAGUAUUGGCAAUAAUGUUUUUUCCCAACUGUAAAAACCGCCUUGUGGCGUUGUUCAACCCCUUACCCGCGUUUAACCAGCUUUGACGGAAAAGGUACCCCUUUCGUAUACCUUAUAUUGAAAAAUCGUAUCCCUUUUAACUGCUGUAAAGGCACUGUCUUUGAAAACUGCUAAAUCACAAACCACAACGUUUUCUCGUUUUUUUUGAACGCCCAAAAAUUUCAUCUGUUUGCCCUUUUGGACCUUUUUACUUCCAAAAAUGACAUUCGUCUCUACCCUUCCAUGUGCUUCAACUAAUGAAAUCCCUCCUCUUUCAUAAACCUGAAGCCUGAGAAAAGCACCCCUUUCGGGCGGAGCAGGUCAUUAUAGGGAGUUUCCCCCCUGACCUUAAGUGGAGUCUUCCCAUUGCCAGUUCAUCCGUAUACAGGGAGCUUCGACAUGUACUUCUCAGUUUUGUUCCGUGUACAAUCCUGUGGGUUUAAUUUACUUUUUCCCGUUUCCCAGAAUUUAGUUUCAUUGAUGACCUGCUUAUUGUUUUCCUUAAAUGAAGGAAGAGCUGAAAAAAGAGUUCUAUGGAACGACGCUUCCUCCCCGACUCGAGAAAUUUGAAGCUCUUCUCAAAAACAGGGAUGAAGGCAAGGGCUUCUUUCUGGGCGAAAAGGUGAGAUACAGUAAUGCGCAAAUUAAGCAUAGCAAGGGGAUUAGACCUGCUUAGAACACUAACGAGUAUAGAGCGUUUUCACUCACGUGGUCAGCAAAACUAAAGAAAUGUUUUACGUAAGAAAAGAGUUCAACUUCCACAGGACUGGUUUGGAACACCAGAAACGAUCUAUAGUAAUUAAGUCAUAAAUAAAACGAUGAUAGCCUUCAAAUUCAGCCAUCUGUCAUCGUUCUUGCCACUAGGGAUGUCUCAAGCGGUGAUCGAGAAGCGAGAAGAGACGCCUUUAUCUGCAGGCUAAAACGAUGACCGCUCCCUGAGCCUUCACCCCGUCCCAAAAAAAGUAUUUUCAAAAAAUUUUAAAAUAUAGCAACGUCGGCACAUUUUGCAUGGUACUGAGCACUAUGACCUCUUAGCGUGACGUCUUCCCUUCUGUUACUGUGUAAAUUUGGUGCGCGUCAGAGGUUUGAUCAGCGAUUUCUUUAAAUGGAGAGUGCUAUGACAGUGACGGCAACAAAAACGUCAAAAAACUAAUGGGUUCAUUGAAUAGUCACGGCAACAACUCUGCUAAGACGCGUCUUAUUUUAAAACAGCCCUUAACACCUGUUCUUAGAAAAACUUCGUAUAAAUGACCUUCGCGUCUUAAAUAAGACGCGAACGCAUAGUACGUAUGCGUUAAUUUUUGGCGGGAAAAUUUUCGCUUGUCCCAGGGCGGACUGGCAGGCUACUGGCAGGGAAAAAGUAUUACAUAUUUCAACGCGUUUUCGUUUCCUUGGGUUGCCAUCUAUUCUAAGACUUUUAAGCUUUAUCCGUUUCUAAAUUCGCUCAUGUACAAUGAGCACGCCGACAAAGGCAAACGAAACACGUGGUCCACCGCUGAAGCCAAGGAUUCUUUGUUGUUAUGCAAGGAGAGGGCAAUAGCAGAUCUCGAGGACAAAUGUUGGAUUGCCGUUGCUACGGGCAACAUUCACAUGAAAACGAGUCAAGAACAGAAAUAAGACUCGAACCAUAUUUAUACGAGCUGUUUUCGUCUAAGAUAAGACCUGCUCGUACAAGUGGUACAGUUCGCGUCUUAUGUAAGACGCGUCUUAUUUUUCCUCGUAUAAAUGGCCCUAGUAUGUGCGGUUACACGGGACAUUUUUUUAUUUACCAUGGUAAAUGACCCUUUUAUCGUGGGAAAUUACCUCGGUGCGUGUGACCGGACUUUCCCGAGAUAAAUUUACCGUGGGAAAUAUCCAUGGUUACGUCAAAAAUAGCAAAGAAACCGCUUAUAACAUUAAACUUGGUAAAAAGCAAGGGUUUUUCGAUACCCAAGGCAAAACAGCCAAUCAGAUUUCUUCAACAUGAAACCCCCCAAAAUUGCUUUUUUAAAACGGGUUUCUUUCGCACUGUUGAGAGAAAGAUCAAUGGUGACAUGGCAGAUUUCACCUUAAGAUGAAAGAAACAAGGAAAUUUUGAGGCAAAAUUUUGAACUGGUUUGUUGGGAUAGAUCGAACUGUUGGAUGCAGCUGAACUGUAAAAUCGAACUAUAUACCUUCGCUAAAUUAUCAUGAAUAACAUACCAGUUGAAAAUUAUAGGUAAAUUUUCAACAUAACAUAAAAUACUGCCAUUGUCGACAGCGGUUAUUACCGUAAUUGCGCGAAUGAAGCCGUAAACUGAAAGCGGCUUAAUUACCUUAAUGGCAACUAAACUAAACCCACGUUAAAUUUACCACGGCUUCGUUAACGUGGGAAAUGCCUUUUACCAUGGUUUGUGUAUACGCAUCUAUUACCUGAGGCUUGCAGCACACACUCUGAAGAAAGGUUACCCCAAUCCUACGCCCCUAGCGUAACUGCGAUUUUUUUCUGUUUCUUAUCUGCAGCUGAGCUAUGCCGACAUCACUUUCUUUGACUUCUUUAACAGCUUCCAUGCGAAGGGUAAAGAGGAUGUUCCUGGGGAACUUGAGAAGUUCCCGCUCUUGGUUGAGCAUUAUAAGCGGGUGUUAAACGUGCCCGAAAUAAAUGAGUGGGUAAAGAAACGCCCUGUAACCGAAUUCUAA